GAAGGAAACAUUCACUUUAUGGAUACACUGAACAUAACCAUGUUUACAAGGAAACACCACAGGGCAAAGACUGCAAUCACUAGUUCAACCUGAUCUGACUCUAUCACGCUGUGCUAUCAGCGGCUAUGCUUGGCCACGCCCCUCAGUGACGUUUCACCAGGUGUUUUGCCAUCACCAGCUGAUGGGAAACGCCUGCUGUGACAUGACUUGUGCGGAUUUGGGCAGGGCCGCAUCAUGUUUGGCGUUUCCUGCCAUGUUUGUAUCCCACAUGUCAGCGGGCUCUUUAAGAGAAGCGCCUCUCUGCAUCUGCCUGUCUGUCAGCAGGCGCGGCGCUGCCGCCCUCCCCGCACGGUCUGCACCUCGGAGGACCGACAGACACCCGCUGAACCGAGGGACACACUGCACCUGAAGCGGACAGCAGGUCAUACGUGGAUAUAUGAUCGUUAUGGAUAAUAGAUCAUUUUAGCUAAAAUGCGCCGGGCUCGCUGUCCUCGCCAUCCCGGGCUUUGUAGGUGUAAAAGGACUGCGAGCUGCCACGCUUUAUCUCCGAAUCUCGUCAUGCAUGUUUUAUGCACAGUCGUGACAUUUUGUAAUUCUGUGGGAUGGACGACUUCACCUGGCGCACGCCUGUAGUUUUAGUCAUCGUGUUUCCCAUUUAUGGUGGUUUGGCUGGUUCAGCUGAUUUGGCGAUUGCAGAAAGCAGCAGCAGCAGUUUGAUCAACAGCAUCUCACUCUGUGCCACUGAAUGCGUGUUCACCGACGGGGUGCAGCUGCAGUUCAGUAUGUCCUCUGCGUCCGGAGUGAGCGAGCUGAGCCUGGGAGAGCUGCCCAUGGAGAGCUGGAUGUCUCACCUGCCAUGUGCUCUGUGGGACACCCCGCUGUACCACCUGGCCAUCCCGGGAAGCCAUGAUGCAUUAACCUACUGUCUGGACACGAAUGACAGAUCUCCUGUAGACCUUACACAGCCAGACUUGCUUCAAAAGUUGGACAAAUACAUGAAGCCCAUCAUUCGCCCCUUUGUGUACAAGUGGGCAAAAACCCAGGAGCAUACUAUCAAACAGCAGCUGGACUGUGGGAUCAGAUACUGUGACCUGAGGAUUGCACACAGGCCCAAUGACAGCUCCACUGAUCUGUACUUCUACCAUGGAGUAUACACCACACUCAGCGUGGAGACCGUUCUAAUGGAGAUAAGAGAGUGGCUGGAUGCUCAUCCCAAAGAAGUGGUUAUCCUCUCCUUCAGCCACUUCCUCGGCCUGAGCCAGGAGCUCCACAUGCUGCUGCUCACAGCUAUACGCAACAUAUUCACCUCCAAACUCUGCCCCAAAACGGUACAACAUCUCCUGCAGGAAGUGUUAACGCUUCGAAACCUGUGGGCUUUAGGCUGUUCGGUGAUUGUGUCCUAUGAACACAAUAUCGCCAGCUGUCACAACGACCUGUGGCCACAUAUUCCUUACUGGUGGGCCAACAAAUGCAAAGCUGAGGCUCUUAUUGAGGAGUUUGAGCACAGGAAAAAACAUGGCCGUCCAGGAGGUUUCUUUGUCACAGGAAUUAACCUGACAGAGGACCUGAAAUACAUCUGCACGCACCCAACAGAGUCCCUGAAGGACUUGGUGAUGUCCACGUACCCCACGCUGCUGAGUUGGGUUAGAGAGCAGACUCCCGGCUCCAAAGUGGGCUCUCUCAACAUCAUUGCUGGGGACUUUAUCACAGAGAGCCACUUUGUACCAACUGUCGUUACACUGAAUGAGAAACUGCUGAAAUGGUCCUCAUGACUUCUCACCAUAAAAUGUGAUUCACAGCAUGAUACACACACAAGCCUGUUUUGUUAAGAGUGAUAUGAAAAUACUUGAAUUCUUCAUAUGCAUAUAAAUGCACUUAUUGGAGGCAGUAAAGUGUACAAUUCAGUUUAGAGCUGCUUUUUGGUAUUUUUACCAGCACUUGUUUGUUUACAUUCAGCUAUUAAUAAUAUUUAUGCAACGUACUGUAUCAGUUUUCACCGGUCAGUGAGGUGGCCCGUUUUAGUUACAGUGACCAAAGCAAUAAUGAAACAACUAGUCUCAACCUUAAUAUAGGCAUUUUAGAUGAGUAAGCACAAACAAUGUAUUCAAUGAGCACAUUUGACUGUAAUAUAAGGCCACAAACUUAUUUAAAUUAUCAAAUUAUGACAUGUGGGCAGCAAGUAGCUAAACUGUAUCACCUGCCGUACAUUAUUUAUCAAGAGGGAAUGUAAUGAAUGGCCAAGUGCAUGGAUAACUUAUUUGCAUGAACCCAACUCUGACUGUUAUUACUGCUUAUAAUGUACUUUAACCAACAGGUUCAGCCUCGAUUUCAACUAAUGCUGCACCACUGUGCCUGUGGAGAUGAGCUUUUGCAAUAAAGAUGAGCAUUUAUAAGCCAGUUUCAUUUACCCAAAGGAAGUGUCUGUGGUGCUUUCAGAUGCUAAAAGGCCACAGUGGGAAAAAAAAGCUCCCGUCUUUCCUUGCAGUAUGUGGUUUUCCCGUUUGUGAUGUCGUAAACAUCAUUUGUAUGAAACUCUGCUGAUCUGGAAUCUGUGCAGUGCGAAAUAUUCAUGUAAAGGUCUAUUAUUCAGAGGUAAAACAUAAGAAAAUGACAUGAAUAUCCAAACAAUUGCUUCUAUUAGCCUGGGGUAUAAAAGUAUACAUCGCUAAUGGAAGGGAAUGGUUGUUAAAUUAUUAGUGUUGAGGCUGGACUGUGCCACUGGGAUCAUCAUAGACUUUUAAUAUGCUGAAUUAAAUUAAAUUUACCCAAUUUAAAUUGAAAUGUUGAGUUUGCAUUUUAAAUAUAAGAAAAAAUGCCAAUUUAUAGUCCCGUUUGCUUAUUCUGUGUUUGGAUUAUUAAUAUUUGAAUUUUAAGAUGAAAUAAAAAGAUUUUGCUUACUUUUGUGCCUUCCAGUCAUACUCCAUUUCACAAUUAAGUUAGGUUUUUACUGUUUUAACAACGGAAUCUUGUCCACUUGUCAAUCAGUGUGAUUACUUUAUUGCAUUAUACU